AAUCCACCCUAAUGAGUCUCCCUUUUGUUAAGAAGUUCUAUUUCCUCCAUUUCUCCUCUUCUUCUUCUUCACGUCUCCUCUUUCAUUGAUGCUCUCAGGAACAAGCUUAUAACUAGCAUCCUUGGAUGUCCAGAGAUAGAGAAGGAUUUAGCGAGUACCACGAGAUCGUGAAGAAGGUAAAGAAAGAUCCAACCUUCGAAAAGACGGCGGAUCAUGCCGUGAUGGGAAUCAGGAGACACGUGGCGAUGCCUCCUGGGACAACGUUGAACACCGUGACCCCAUGCGCCGCUUGUAAGCUACUCCGCCGUCGUUGCGCAGAGGAGUGUCCUUUCUCGCCAUACUUCUCGCCUCACGAACCUCACAAGUUCGCCGCCGUUCAUAAAGUCUUCGGCGCCAGUAACGUCUCCAAAAUGCUUUUGGAAGUGGGAGAAAGUCAGAGAGGAGACGCAGCAAACAGUUUGGUUUACGAAGCCAACUUAAGAUUGAGAGAUCCAAUAUACGGUUGCAUGGGCGCAAUCUCCACUCUUCAGCACCACAUUCAAUCUCUCCAAUCGGAACUCAUCACCGUCCGUACAGAAAUUCUCCGCCACAAAUACCGAGAAGCCGCCACAAUCACUUCCUUACAACAAAACAACAACAACUUCAACAAUAAUACAACAUCAGUGUCCGAUCAUGCAGCUCUCGCGGCGUCAAUUUUGCUCCCACCACCACCGCCACCGCCUCCUCCCCCACGACCACCAAGGCUGUUGUCUUCUCGGCCAGCUGCACCGCCUACGCCACCCGCUUCUUUACCGUCUCCGUCGAUGGUGGUGUCUUCUUCGUCUUCUAAUUCAUCUGCUACCAAUUCUAUAUAUAAUCCUCCUCCGUCUUCGGCGGCUGGAUACAGUAAUUCUCUGUCCAGUGAUAAUAAUGUUCAUUACUUUGAUUAAAUCAGAAUUGUUCUUAAUUUUGUUUUGUUUAGUGCUAUUGUUAUACCCAUUAUAAGCUAAAAGUUUGAAUGUUGAUUCAUGUUGAGGAUAGGGCAUGAAUGUUUUGUUUAUUUGCUUUUCAUGUAGAUUAAUAAUUGACAUUGCUUUACGUUCAGUUUUGCUUUCAUGGUCUUGCGUACAAGAAACGUACAAAACUUUGCACUGUAAGAUUAUAUAUAUUAUAGAUAUGGAUUUGAUGUAUUUUCACA